CAAAAUCAAAAAGUUUGACUUUUGUGUUUUGAAAUUGAAAUGUUUGUGUGAUUUUUUAAAUUUUCCGUAAAAUAUUAAUCAGGAAAAAAAUGUCCCUGCAAGCAGAAGAUGAAGACGAGUCUAUGGAGCAAGUUUUAUCGGAAAAUCAUUCAAAUUCUUCACAUCAGUUGAUCGAUGAAACUGAAAACUUGGACGAAAUUCCACAAGAAUUGGUCUUGGACGGCACUGAAAUGGAUAUUGAUGAAAGUGAUUUUGUAGCAGAAUCCCAAGAUUAUGAAGAAGAAGAAGUAAUUGAUUUAAUUGAAGAAGAAGAAGAAGAGUUUGAAUCAAUUGAAAUAGAAUCAGAUGAUCAAGUUGAAGAAGUCAUAGAAAAAUUGCCUGAAAAACGAAUAAAGCCCGCUUCAAGUGUACCUCCUUUAAGACUCCUUAAUAUAGCGCCAAAACCAGAAGUACAACAACAAUUUGCAUUGAAAACUUCCAAUGGACAACCUUUACUUCUACUCCCAGGAGGCAGCGCAUCCCAAACCAUAAAAUUAAUAAGCCCGCAAGGGCAAGAAAUCAAUUUAUCCAACUAUCGCCCUAUAACUGUUAACAAACAAAGCGGCAAAAUGAUAACAAUGCCACCUCAAACAAAACAACUAGUAAUGAAAAAAAUCGUUCCACCACCAAAACAGCAAUUCAUGUUGGUACAAAAAUCCAACCAGCAAAAUGUUAAAGUGGUCCAAUCUGGCCCGCAAAAAACCAUAACGCUCCAACAAGCUCAAGCAAUGGGCCUUUUAAGUUCCAACAAACAAAUUAUUAUCAAUAAACCUCAACAGAAAACCAUCAAGUUGGUACCGCAAACGAUUUCGUUGGGGCAACAACAACAAGGCAAAAUUAUUCGUACCGUAACUCAACAGAAAAAACCCCAAAAGAUUAUUUUGAAAAGUUCUGGAACAAAUCAAGUUUUACCUGCUGGGCAACUGAUACAAGUUGCAAAUAGUCAAGGGCUUGCCAAUGGGCAAAUUCAUCAAAUUAAUGUGCCAGGAAAAGGAAUUCAGUAUGUUAAAUUUGUGACUGCUCCAUCGACGCAAGGGGCAAAUUCUACUUUGGUUAAUAGCAAAACUGGGCCUGAUGUGAAGCCUGUUUUAAGUACCACCACCACUAAAUUAAUAGCCAAUCCAUCAACUAAUCCAACCAAACAAGUCGUACUGGUACCAGCAGGAUUUUUAUCUGGCAACCAACAGCUCCAAAAAGUGGCAAUACCCGCCUUAACCCAAAAACGCCAACCAAUCGCGCCUCAUCCCAAAAAACUCGACUCCCCAAACCCAACCAAAACCAAUCCCGAACCAACAAAAACUUCGCCUUCCACCUCCACAACCACUUCUCAGCCAACCACUGAAACUUCAACUGAAGCCCAAACCAACGCCCUACGACCCCGCAAACCGUGCAAUUGCACCAAAUCCCAAUGCCUGAAACUAUAUUGCGAUUGCUUCGCUAACGGCGAAUUUUGCUAUUUGUGCAAUUGCGUCAAUUGCCAAAACAACCUGGAAAAUGAAGAAACUAGAAAUUUGGCCAUAAGGGGUUGCCUGGAACGCAAUCCUAUAGCUUUUAGGCCUAAAAUUGGUAAAGCUAAAGAGGCCGGAGAUGUUGUUUUGAGGAAACAUACCAAAGGGUGCAAUUGUAAGAGGUCUGGGUGUUUGAAGAAUUAUUGUGAGUGCUAUGAGGCUAAAAUUGCUUGUAGUAGUAAUUGUAGGUGUUUUGGGUGUAAAAAUGUUGAAGAUGGGGUGGAAAAGAGGAGGUUUGAAAGAAGGCUGAGGUCACCUAAAGUGUCUUCAAUAAGUGACGCUGAAUUGGCUGAUACAAUUUAUAGAAGAAUUUCACCUUUGUAUAAAGAAAGUGAUUUGCCUGCACCUUUAAGACCGAAAAGGAAUGGUUCAAGGAAACAAACAGUUAAAUUAUUUAUGACUGAAGAAGUGGUUGAGGCCACUUGCCAAUGUAUCUUGACAAUAUCAGACGAAGCUGAAUCUACAAUGCAAGAGGAAGAAGUGACAGUGAAACAAAUAAUUGAAGAAUUUGGCGGUUGCCUUAGCGAAAUUAUUCAUUGUUCCCUCAAUCGUAACAAUAACAUAAGUUAAGAAAAAAUCUUAGUUUUUAAGAAAUAUUUUAUUUUUUUUGUAUAUAAGAGAAAGAUGUUUUUUUUUAGUUUCAAGUCUGAAUUAUUAGGCUUGUUCGCAC